AUGUGCACUUUUGCUGGAUUGAAUCCCUUGCAGCCUCGCAAUCAAUGGGAACCUGAUGGACCAGAAAGCGAUGGAGAAGGAGAGUCAGGAGCGGCUAGUGAUGGCUUGAUCUAUGACCAGAACGAUUAUGAGGUCGAGGAAACUGAGGACGCUUGGUUCGAUCAGUUCAUCAGCACCGGCUUGUCGGGAUCGACUGAUCAGUCUGAUGUUGUGGUUGAAGAAUCUGAGCCUGUUCUGCCAGACCACUCCAGCCAGACCACUCCUGUUCUGAAAGAUGUUGAGAUGGCAAAGCAGCCGCCGCGUCCAGUGGCACGUCCACUGGCUCCAUCGCUCAACAAGCAGGCCGAGGAGUCAGUGCUGAUCGAAGACUCACCGGUGAAGAUGGAAUUGCAGGAGGUCGAGGAUAUUCCAGUCAGGGAGCCCACCAAAGAAGAACAAGCCCAAGCACUCCGAGAGCAAAUCAAACAUUUGGAGCAGCAAAUGAAGGAAGCAGAGACUCUCCAAGCAAAAAUCAACGCAGACAUCCAGUCGAUUCCUCCAGUCACAGGUGGGGCACUGAUGGUGAUGGAAUCACUUCCCAUGGGCGGAGACACUGACCCCACUAUCCCAAUGGAUUUGACUGGUGGGAUGACCGCAGCAGUGGCUGAGAUCAUUGAGAGGGGCGAGCGUGUGGCUACUCCUGCAGACCCGCCCCCAAAGGAGAAGGAGCAG